UCUAUGCGUUCUGCUUUGGUAAAAAGGUUUCGGGAAAGUAGCUCGAUUUAAGAUCAAAACAAAUUAUCUACCUAUAUCAUCAUUCAGUGAGCAGCAUCGGAAUGUUGUCCAGGAAGAGUAAGGAUAAGUCUAUUAAAGAAGGUGUGGUAGGUAAAUACGUGAAAAAAGAUACCCCUCCGGAAAUUCCAACCGUCAACGUUUGGACUACAGAGCAAAACAAGAGCAAGCUAGCUAAAGCUAGGCGCACCUCUCAACAAGUCGUCUCUAAUCCCGGCCAACCACCUGGACUGCCGCUGACUGCUAAUAGUAGUAAUAUUCAGAAUCUGCAAAAAUUUGGCAAUUCCAAGGUAUUGACAAAAGUAGGAGGUCUGGGUCACGAGGGAAAGUAUACUCCUAGCAAUAAUGUUCCGAACUUAGCUCACAAGUUUGUCAGUAUAAGUCCAAACACUGAACCUAGUGGACUCAAUUUGAUGAACGGAAAUGCAAUACAACUUCCCUUAAUUCUGGUUAAAACCCCGACCUCAAACAUGGGCAUUUCUGUUCCGAUGAACGAUGUGAGAAACAACAAUAGCCACGGAAACUAUGUGGACAUCGAUACGAUUGAUCAGAUUCUGAUGCAGCAAAGUGAAGCGAACCAGUACCGAUUGCAAAAACAGCAGCAGCAGCAGCAAAUGUUUCUACAAGAAGAGCACGAUCAAAAACAAUUACAACAGCAGCACCUACAACAAUUUGAAAGGCAGCUGUCUUACAACCAACAUCACGCCAACAAUCAUAGAAAUGGUUUUGACAAUUUCGGGCAUUUGUUGCGAAAUGGUAGCCCUAUAGCAGCAUCCGGUACGUCAGGAAACAGCUUGACUAACGAGCAAACCUUGUUUAUACGUCACUAUUCUACCCGGCAACCGCCUCAGCACUCGUCUUCAUCGCAACAACCGCAAAGUCAGCACCAAUCAGAAACAGCACAACAGGAUCAUUUGUACCCUAUUUACGAAAACCAAUCCCGAUUGAUUGGUCGCCCCGAAUCGCCAAUUUACAGUAACACAAACUCCGGCACGCUUUAUCAGAACUAUAGUAGUAACAAUUCUUCGCACCAAUCGUUAUACUCGAAUGUUUGUCAGUGACGGCCCUGGGCUCACACAAUCACAAGCAUUGCAAGCUUCCUCUCUUCAGGCCAAACGCAACCGCUUUACUCCAAUAUGAUAGUAGGCAGUGGCAAACCUAAUGGUGUUACGUAUGGAGAAGUUAUUUUACGCACCGCUCGCAUCGGCCCGACUGGUGUUGCUGGCAGUUCGGUUGCAGCACAGCGUGGAAUUACUCAGGGUCCCGCUGGCCAGCAACCUGAAGGAGACAGUAGCGAAGAUGAAUUAAUGCUGCCACCUGGCUGGUCAGUGGAUUACACGUUAAGAGGAAGAAAAUAUUAUAUUGAUCAUAACACCAAAACGACCCACUGGGCACAUCCGCUUGAUCGAAAGGCUCUACCGACAGGCUGGCAGCGGAUAGAGGCGGCUCGAUAUGGAACCAUUUUCAACUAUAUUACUGCGGAACAAACUUUGCCUUACCUGACCUCCUGCUUUUUACCACGGGCCCCGGUGGAAAUUCCGCGUCCGAUUGUGUCCCAUUUCUCUCGUCACAGUGCCCUUGUUCCGGCAAACCCUUACAACACAGAAAAAGUCCCUGAGUGGCUGUUUCUCUAUGCAAAAUCCUCCUCGGAGAAAGAUCAUAUCAAAUGGGACAUGUUUCAGCUACAGCAACUAGAAGAUUUCCUUGGCAUAAUGAAAAAGUUGUAUCGACAAGAAUGCAACAUUAUCGUUGCCAAAUACGAAGUGAUCAGGAUACAGAUACACUCACGAAUGCAGGAGCUCCGAAGGAUUUAAUGGGGCUGGAUGGAACUUCUGUACCAGUGCUUUAAAUUGUGAUAUCA